GGAAACCCAUGGCUUUGAGCUUGGCAGCUGAAGAAGUGGCUGGGUUUUUUGCUCACAUGUUGGAUCACGAAUACACAACAAAGGAAGUGUUUAGGAACAAUUUCUUUAUGGAUUGGAGAAAGGAAAUGACCCUGAAUGAAAGGAUGAUAAUCACUGACCUGGAGAAAUGCAAUUUCAAAGAAAUGUUUGAAUUCUACAAGAACAAAAUGGAAAUCAAGAGAAAUAUGAGCAAAGAGGAAAAGCAGAAAAUAAAAGAGGCGAAUCAAAAGAUAGUGGAAGUGUUUGGGUUUUGCUUAAUGGACCAUCAUCAAGAGAGGAUUGGGAAUUUCAAGAUUGAACCUCCGGGGCUCUUCCGAGGGAGAGGAGACCAUCCCAAACAGGGCAAGCUGAAGAAGAGGAUCCAGCCAGAGGACGUCAUCAUCAACUGCAGUAGAGAUUCUAAGAUACCUGAGCCCCCAUUUGGGCACAAGUGGAAAGAAGUUCGCUUCGACAACACAGUGACGUGGUUGGCCAGCUGGACUGAAAACGUACAGGGUUCUUGCAAAUACAUCAUGCUCAACGCUAACUCCAAGCUCAAGGGAGAGAAGGACUGGGAGAAAUACGAAGUGGCUCGAAACCUGAAGUCUCGCAUAGAGGCAAUCCGGGAAAAGUACAAACAAGACUGGAAAUCCAAGCAGAUGGUAACCCGCCAAAGAGCUGUAGCACUUUACUUCAUUGACAAGCUAGCUUUGAGAGCAGGUACAGAGAAGGAAGAGGGGGAGACGGCAGACACCGUGGGUUGCUGCUCCCUGCGGGUGGAGCACAUCAAACUUUACCUUGAACUUGAUGGACAGCAGCACGUGGUCGAGUUCGACUUCCUGGGUAAAGAUUCCAUCCGCUACUACAACAAGAUGCCUGUGAAGAAAGCGGUCUUCAAAAAUCUGAAGCUAUUCAUGGAAAACAAGCAAGGUGAUGACGACCUGUUUGACAGACUGAAUACAUCGCUGUUGAAUAAGCAUCUCAAUUCUCUGAUGCCAGGCUUGACUGCAAAGGUUUUUCGAACAUUCAACGCCUCGAUAACUCUGCAGCAACAACUGAAGGAGCUUACGGAGUCAUCAGCCAAUAUGCCUGAGAAGAUUCUGUCCUACAACAGAGCUAACAGGGCGGUUGCAGUUCUAUGUAACCACCAGCGGGCGCCGCCAAAGACCUUUGAGCAGUCCAUGGCAAACCUGCAGUUGAAGAUUGAGAGCAGAAUGGAACAGCUUAUCCUGGCUAAGAAGGAACUGAAGCUGGCCAAGAAAGAAGCUAAGAAGAGCAAAGAUGAUAAACUCCAAACAGUUCUAGAAAAGAAGAAGAAAUUGGUCCAGAGAUGCGAGGAGCAGCUAAUGAAACUGGAGGUGCAGGCGACAGACAGAGAAGAGAACAAGCAGAUCGCCCUGGGCACCUCCAAGCUGAACUACCUUGACCCCAGGAUCAGUGUAGCUUGGUGUAACAAUAUGGGGGUGCCUUUGGAUAAAAUCUACAACAAAUCACAGAGAGAGAAGUUUGCAUGGGCGAUCGAUAUGACAGAGUUGAACUUUGAGUUCUGA